AUGGCCAGAGCCAGGAGAAGAGCUAGGAGCAAAACCCUCUUGCUUCAAGUGCGGUUGGUUGUGCUGUCAAGGUUUGCCGACUUCCAGCAACUGUCUCUGAUAACCAUAUCGAUUUCCAUGACUUUGGGGUCCACAGAGGCACUUUGUGCCCCGAAACCCCACUUCUCCACAAGAGUCAGCAACAAAGUGCCAAUACCCAAGGCCAAAGGAAAGACUCCUGAAGACCAAGACAAGAGCACAGGGCUGGACCAUGGCCCUCACAUCACAGAGGACAUGCAAAAGGAAAUCAGUAGUGCUCUAGGCCCAGGGCCACAGGAGGAGAUCUUGAGUCAUGCCUUCAAUAUGAAAAUUACUCGAGGAGACAUGCACACCUUGAGGGACACCCAGUGGCUCAAUGACACAGUCAUCAAUUUUUACAUGAAUCUUCUCAUGGCCAGAAGUCAAAGUCAAGGAUACCCUGCACUUUAUGCAUUUAAUACCUUCUUUUACACCAAGUUACAGAGUGGGGGCUACAGGUCAGUCCAAAGAUGGACCAAGACAGUAAACCUCUUUGCCAAGGAACUGAUCCUGAUGCCCAUUCACCAGGGUGUUCACUGGAGCCUAAGAGAGAAGAGUCUUGUCUACCUGGACUCAAGGGGCCACAAGAGACCAGAUGUCCUCCAGCUGAUUUUCCACUAUCUGCAGGAUGAGAGCCAAGUGAGAAGGAAUGUGGAGCUGAACCCUUUGGAGUGGAAGCAGUACAGCAUGGCAGCAGAGGACAUUCCUCAGCAGAAGAAUGGCAGUGACUGUGGCAUGUUUACCUGUAAAUAUGCAGACUACAUCUCCAGAGGCCAGCCCAUCACCUUCUCUCAGCAGCACAUGCCUCUGUUUAGGAAGAAGAUGGUGUGGGAGAUCCUGCACCAGUGCCUACUGUAG